AUGAAGGCCUUCGACGCAAAAUCAUCCUCCGGAACCCAACAUUUCCACUUCCGGACGCCCAAGGUGAUGCAACAUCAUUUUUGCUUCAUCAACCUGUCCCUCCGGGAUGGAGCCCAACCCCCCCCCAACCUCCAGGAUGAGUCUGCCAUCAACAGACUCAUAUUUGAGCUCAACCAAAUUCAUCCUGAGGUUUCACAGACGCCUGGCGAAAUUGUGAAACCGGAUGAUCUGGGAAAUCUUUUCCCAGAGUAUGAUUCAGUUGAAGAGAUGGAUGUUCAAGUGAAGGGUGAACCUUCUGGUGAGGAUGUUGACAUGACUACAUAA